UAUCAUAUUCUUUUCCUCUUGUUUUUCUAUAAAUGCCCAAUAGCCUCCAGUACUUUCACCAAUCCAUCGCCCAAAACUCACUAGCCUUAUCACCAUGGAUACUUCCCUGCACCUGGAAGCCCCAUCCCACGUAGUCAUGGUGCCUACUCCGGGGAUGGGUCAUCUAAUUCCGCUCGUUGAGUUAGCCAAACGACUCGUUCAGCAACAUGACUUCUUAGUCACCUUCCUUGUACCUAACGAUGGUUCACCCAUGAAACCCCAAAGGCGACUUCUUCAAGCCUUACCCAAUACCAUAUCCUCCAUCUUUCUUCCUCCAGUUAGCUUUGAUGAUCUCCCUCAGACUGUUAAAGUCGAGACUCGGGUCGUACUUAGCUUGUCUCGCUCUCUCUCUGCACUCCGUGGAUCUUUUAAGGCUUUAACUGAGGCAUCUCGCGUUGUAGCUCUUGUUGUUGAUCUUUUCGGCCUUGAUGCCAUUGAAAUCGCGAGAGAGUUCGACGUAUUGCUCUAUGUUUUCUUUCCUACAACUGCUAUGGCAUUAUCUUCAGUUUUCCAUCUCCCUAAGCUUGACGAAACAUACUCAUGUGAGUAUAGAGAUUUGCCUGAACCGGUAAAAUUUCCUGGGUGUGUGCCGGUUCACGGAAGAGAUCUCAUGGACCCGGUCCAGAACAGAAAAGAUGAUGCUUACAGAUGGGUUAUUCACAUUAGCAAGCUAUAUCCAUUGGCCGCUGGAAUCCUUGUUAAUAGUUUUAUAGAUUUGGAAGCUGGUGCUUUUAAGGCUUUAAUGGAGGAUAGAAACGGUACGCCUCCCAUUUACCCAGUUGGGCCACUCACACGAACCGCUUCAACCAGUGAGAUUGCUAGCGAGUCUGAGAGCUUGAGGUGGUUGGAUAGGCAACCAAAUGGGUCAGUGCUCUUCGUCUCUUUCGGAAGUGGUGGGACCCUUUCUCAUGAUCAGUUCAUUGAAUUAGCCCUGGGUUUAGAGAUGAGUGGUCAGAGAUUUCUAUGGGUUGUUAGGAGUCCACAUGAUAGAUCAGCAAACGCAAAUUAUUUCGAUGUGCAAAAAGUUACUGAUCCUCUUGAUUUUUUACCGGAAGGAUUCUUGGACAGGACCAAGGGGUUGGGUUUGGUGGUGCCCCAUUGGGCUCCACAGAUGCAGGUCCUCAGCCACGGCUCUACAGGAGCGUUCUUGAGCCAUUGUGGGUGGAACUCUAGUUUGGAAAGUAUUGUAAAUGGGGUGCCCAUAAUUGCAUGGCCACUUUAUGCAGAGCAAAAGAUGAAUUCGGUAUUGCUAGCUGAUGAUUUGAAGGUUGCAUUGAGGGUGAGAGUGAAUGAGAAUGGGCUUGUGGUUAAAGAAGAUAUUGCCAAUUAUGCAAGUACUAUUCUUAAAGGGGAAGAAGGACAAUUACUUAGAAAGAGAAUGAAAGAACUUAAAAAUACUGCCGUAAAGGUUUUAAGCCAGGAUGGGUCUUCUACAAAAUCUCUAGCUUAUGUAGCCAACUCAUGGAAGAACCAAAGAAAAUGAGCCUUCCUUCGCAUUAGUUAUCUGCAUUGAUGUAACUAGCUUAGGCAUCUUUGUAAGUACUAAGUAGUUUGCGUUCUACAUGGUCUUUUGAUAAACAAAAAUUUGGCCGCCAAAUCAAACAUAGAAUAAAAAUUGAAGCAGAAGUAACAUCAUUUUACUACCA